CUACUCCUGCCACAUUGCUCUUCGCUCACCAAAAUCCAAACAAUCCGUCGAAAUGAAUUUGCCAAUGUUUCAGGGCUUCGGCAAGUCUCUUAUGAUGACAGUUCUUUCUGAGGUUGGUGACAGAACCUUCUGUGUCGCUGCUAUACUGGCAAUGCGUCAUCCGUGGAGUAGCGUUCUGUGCGGUUGCCUUUCUUCUGUAAUUUUGACGACUACUCUCUCUGCUGUUAUUGGCUGGGCUGCUCCAAACUUGAUUCCACGUGAACUGGCUCACCAUAUCACCACACUUCUCUUCUUUGGCUUUGGCCUCUGGUCUUUGUGGGAGGCAUAUAAUGAAGAUGACGACGACAACGAAGAGUUAGAACAAGUUGAAAAAGAACUGAAUCAGGGCGCUGCACCUAAGGAUACUACUGGUGAAGGACCGAAAGGCAAAGAAGGUAGCAAGGUGGCUGAGGACUUGAAAAAGCAGAGGAAGCCAUUUCUGACAAAUUUCUUCUCACCUGUCUUCAUUGAGGCCUUCUCAGUUACCUUUUUUGGUGAAUGGGGUGACAAGAGCCAACUAGCAACCAUUGGUCUUGCAGCAGAUGAGAAUGCCAUAGGAGUGAUCCUUGGUGGAAUCUUAGCGCAAGUACUGUGCACCGUUGCAGCUGUUGCUGGGGGAAAGAGCUUAGCAUCUAAAAUCUCUGAGAGGCUGGUUACGAUGGCAAGUGGAGUUCUUUUUCUGAUUUUUGGUGUGCAAUCCUUUCUGUCGACUAUGUAUUGAUCUACUCCAUCAUAUGUAUUC